AUGAUGCUUCCGAGGAUCCUACUAAGGCUGACUUUCGCUCAACUUAUCGCUGCCAGUGCAAUUGACAAGACCUUUCUCGCUCAGAGAGAUUCCAACAACGUUCAAAAGAUCAAGUGUGACGGCGAGCAUUAUACGUAUGAAAGCUUGGCGGGAUACGGCUUCGUUGCCUCCGAUGCAAGGGAUCGCUACGGAGAUACGUUGGGUGGUUUCGGUAGCUCAAUUGCCUUGGACCGCAAGUCAUGGCAGAAGUCGAAGAAUGGAACCUAUACAGGCACUCUAUGGGCAUUGCCUGACCGGGGCUGGAACACUCAGGGUACUUUGAACUAUCAGAACCGCAUUCAAAAGUUCUCCCUUUCUUUCUCGCCAGCCGUGAGUGCAUCUAUCUCGAAUCCAUCCCAGCCAAACCUUAAGCUCGCAUAUGUGGACACCAUCCUUCUCACUGGGCCGGGAGGCGUUCCCACUACCGGCCUCGACGCCGAUGUGACGGGUUCGUUCGCAGCAGCAAACGGCUUUCCGAUUCUACCAAAAGCUACCUACACAGGCGAUGGCUUUGGUGGACCCGGAGCCGGUGGGCAGCGCCUCUCUAUCGAUAGUGAAGGGCUCGUUUUAUCCACCAAUUCGAACGGAGAGACCAGCUUCUGGGUGUCUGACGAGUACGGGCCGUACAUCUACAAGUUCAACUCCCAAGGCAAGCUGAUACAAGCUAUCAAGCCUCCAGAUGCGUUCAUACCAAAUCGUAAUGGUAGCGUGAGCUUCAGCGCCGCCAGUCCACCAAUCUACAAUCCUGAUGAAGUUAUUGAGCCCGAGGACCCUGACACCGGCAGGGCGAACAAUCAAGGUCUGGAGGGUCUAAGUGCAAGUGCCGACGGUAAAACUCUCUACGCACUCCUACAAAGCGCCCUAGACCAAGAUGGUGGCCCAGAUGAUCCAGGACGCAAACAGUCAAGGCUACUAAUGUACGAUAUCUCUUCCGGAAGCGCCAACAACAAAGCUGAGUACGUGGUUACACUUCCCACAUAUGUCAGUCCCAAGAAUCAGAAAAUCAAAGUCGCGGCACAAUCAGAAAUCCACAGUCUAGGAAACGACGAAUUUCUGGUCCUUGCCCGCGACUCAGGUUCUGGAAGAGGCCAAGAUGCCACAGAAAGCCAAUAUCGCCACGCCGACAUCUUCAGUAUCAAAGGCGCUGACAAUAUCAAGUCGAAGAAGUAUGACAAAACGGACGGGGACAUUGCGAACAAAGACGGCGAUCUGAAGGAUGGUAUCAAGGGCGCGAAAUACUGCUCGUUCUUGGAUUUCAAUGUCAAUAGCGAGCUUGGCAAAUUCGGUCUUCAUAAUGGCGGUGCCCAAGACGCGGGGUUGCUGAACGAGAAAUGGGAGAGCCUUGCGCUCGUGCCCGUCAAUCCGGAAACGGGAGGGCAGGAUGGAGAGUGGUUUCUCUUGAGUGUGAGUGAUAAUGAUUUCAUCACGCAAAACGGGUAUAUGAAUGGGGGAAAGUAUCCUUAUAAGGACGAAAGCGGGUUUGAUGUGGACAGUCAAGCCUUGGUCUUCAGAGUCAAGCUACCUAAGGAUGCGGCACCUUCGUAG